CGCCGCCUCCACCCAGCACGUGGCCUCCGUCGUCCCACAAUUCCGCGUACAGUGCGGCCACGGGAGCGCUUCCAAGCUUGAGGCGGCAGAGUCAAGAGCCUCCAGAAAGAUUAAAACCGCGCAGAGAGUAGGAGCGCCAUGGCGGAUGGGGUUCCCGUUGACAGCCCCGUUGCGGAUUGCCAAUCGGGUGUCGCGCACGUCAACCCCUCCUACUUGACCUCAAAAGAUCACUUUCAUGACAUUGUCAAAGCCUUCAAAGACAAGCAGAAAUGUACAGGUAAGAACUCUGAAGGUGGCAUCGCAGGAGAGAAGGCGGAUAACACCGGAGACAAACCAGAGCCUCCAGAAAAGAGGCCGCGACUGGGAGACGAUGACUACUGCAGCGCAGGGGAGGGCGGACCUGAUGCUGGCAAAAGCCACCAGCAGCAGGAUGAUGUCACAGUUGCAGCGACUUUGUCUUACGCUGACAUCGACAGCUCGGCGCCGUCGCGUCCGACCAGCACAACGGCCGUUCAUGAAACCUCGAUGGCCAAGAAGCGAGUACGGGGUCAAAACAAGAACAGGCCUCACGUGAAGCCCAACAGCUACGAGGUCAAGCUGUGCCCCUCCGUGUUGCAGGGAUCUACGGCUAAGUGCUUCUAUGGAGACCGCUGUUACUUCAUACACGACGUAGCAGAGUAUAUGCUCGUUAAACCGCCUGACCUGGGUCCUGAGUGUCACCUGUAUCAGACGUUUGGUCGUUGCCCUUAUGGCAUCACCUGCCGCUAUGCCAGUGGUCACCCAGAGAUAGCUGGAGGGGCUCUGGAAGAAAAGACUCCAGCGAGGGAAAUUACAUUUGUUCCACUACCGGGCACUGUUAAUCAUUUGCAAAAGGGCACACAAAAGCUAUUACGAAAGCGUCAGUUUCCAUUCACUGGCGCAGAGACGUACCUGCGUUCGAUGUCCAAACAAAAGGGAAAUUCUAAACAAAAGCCAACCCCAAAAUCUGAAGCUUCCGAAGAUCCUAGCAGUACAUCUAUGAAGCAUGGAGACUCGAAGUCGGAAAGCAGCACCCAGCCAGCUGAGCUUAUAUCCAACAAUUGUCCCACCACAUCGUCAGUGCCGAUUGAAAAGGAAUGUUUUCUGGAGUCUAAUGGUAGCACAUUGUGCAGUGAUUUAGAAAAAGGAGUUGGCAAGUUGACCGAUUGUUUGAAAAUGGUGUCUGCUGGUGACCUGAACAAUCACGGCCAAGCAGCCGCGUCUGAAUGUGCAGCAUCCAAGACAUCAGAGCCAAGGGGUAGCAGUAUAAGUGGGUGUCCUGUCCGCACAAGUGGCGUUCUAACGGAUGAGGACAUCAUUAAAAUCCGGCAGCCAGAGAAGAAGACGAUUGAUUUCAGAGACAAGCUGUACCUGGCUCCACUCACCACUUGUGGUAACCUGCCAUUCCGGAGGAUCUGCAAGAUGCAGGGCGCCGACAUCACGUGUGGGGAGAUGGCCAUGUGCACAAACCUGCUGCAAGGCCAGAUGUCCGAGUGGGCUCUGCUCAAGAGGCACCACACCGAGGACAUCUUUGGAAUCCAGCUGGAGGGGGGAUUCCCAGACACCAUGACCAAGUGUGCAGAGCUUCUCAACCAGAAUGUGGACAUGGACUUUGUGGACAUAAAUGUUGGCUGUCCCAUCGACCUCGUGAUUAAUAAGGGAGGAGGAUGUGCUCUCAUGAACCGGGCACUUAAGUUCGAGCAGAUUGUGCGUGGCAUGGUGUCGGUUCUUGAUGUGCCCCUUACGGCAAAAAUACGGACCGGAGUGCAGGACAAAACGAACACGGCCCACAAACUCAUCCCUGAGCUGCGUGACUGGGGCAUCUCGAUGGUCACUCUGCAUGGCCGAUCGCGGGAACAACGCUACACAAAACUGGCUGACUGGAAGUACAUCGACUACUGUGCGGAGGUGGCCAGCCCGCUGCCCUUAUUCGGCAAUGGAGAUGUGCUGUCUUACGAGGACAUGGAUCUGGCUCGACAGACGAAAGUAGCCGGUGUCAUGAUAGCCAGAGGUGCGCUGAUCAAGCCAUGGAUCUUCACGGAAAUCAAAGGGCGGCGACACUGGGACAUCUCAUCCCACGAGCGCUUUGAGCUGCUGCGGGACUUCACAAAAUAUGGCCUGGAGCACUGGGGCUCGGACACGCAGGGGGUGGAAAAAACGCGCAAGUUCCUGCUGGAGUGGCUCUCCUUCCUCUGCCGGUAUAUCCCCGUGGGAAUCCUGGAACGUGUGCCGCUGAAAAUUAAUGAGCGUCCACCAUACUACCUGGGCCGAGAUGACAUGGAGAGCUUGAUGGCCAGCCAGAACGUCGCCGACUGGAUCACAAUCAGUGAGAUGCUUUUAGGGCCAGUGCCAUCCAGCUUCACCUUCCUGCCCAAACACAAGGCCAAUGCGUACAAGUAAGAAGAGAAAGGUCCUCCGGGUGACCAUCGGCUGUGGCCCUUCACGUUGCUGCACGUGGAUCAGGCUAUGGCGUCCGUCAGUGUUGGUGGCUACAACAUGCCAGGAUUUUGUGGAACAUAUCAAUAUAUAUUUUUUUGAUAUUUUGAAAAGUACAUUUGCCCUUGUAGAAGUGAAUGAUUGUUGACUGACAAAGGUAAAAUUAAUAGGGUAACCAGGGCAUUUCAGUGUUGAAAUAAAACAAAUCAGUUGGUAUAUAUAUUAUUUUUUCUUUGAGUAAAGUCAUGUUGAAGGGAAAAACAAUAAAAUAAUAAAAAGAAAACUGUUAUUUUAUUGUUUUUCCCUUCUACGUGGCUUUACCGAAAGAACCAAGAAUAUGAAUCCCUGCAGUCACGAAAGCUUUAAAUCGAAACAGUCGGUAUGUUAUAAAUCCCCAACUGUAAGCAUUAGUUACAAAAUAAUGCAGAGAUUUUUGGGGACUAAAUCAAAUAUUAGUUCACCUGUUACCCUUCCCAUAAUGUUUUUUACUGUUGAUUUAUAUCUCUAUGCUGUUGCAUAUUUAUACUUUAAAUCCAUACUAUCACAUUGGGUUUUGUAGUUUGUGAGCAUAGAUGCCGAUUGGAGUGGGAGUCAUUUGCUGCCUGUGUAAUGUCAUUGUAAUUUGUUUUUUUAAUGGAUAAAGUGUUAAUUUCCCAUUUUGUUUAUUACUGCCUUGACUUCACUAUUUGAAUACCAAUUUUUUACUGUUUGCUUGUUUUGCAUGAAAUCUAAAAUUGCAAAGCACCAUGGCCUUUUCAUUACAUGAAUUAGUUUGUUUCACUUACAAGGACUUCAACCGAUUAUUUAAGGAUUGGGUAUCAGCAGUUUUUUCAUAUGAAUGCAGGGUUGAAUUGCCUGGUUAAAUAGCUUUCUGAAAAUAAACUUCUCUGUAAAACAUUGUUUUCUACCAUCUUGACAGACCACACAUUGUAAUUAUACACGUUCACAUUUGGCUUCAUCUGGCAUAACAUGUGCUGCCUUUCGCAUUUUCUCAGCUUUCUUAAAAUUAACAGGGAGGUUUGUGGUUA